AUGCUGUUUGUGGGAUCAUCUCUCAUAGGGCUGUAUUCAAGAUGUGGUGAUAUUGAGGAAGCAGCUAAAGCGUUUGAUGAAAUAAUUGAGAGAGAUAUUGUUGCUUAUACGUCUUUGAUUACAGGCUAUGCUCAAGUUGGUGAUCACCGAGCAUAUGAGGCUUUUAGAGUUGCUUAUCGUAUGCAGAUGGAAGAAAUUGAUCCUAAUCGGGUGACCUUAGUGAGCUUACUUCAGGCAGCGUCAGAGUUAGGAGCAUUAGAAGAGGGUCAAUCAGUUCAUGGGUAUGCUAUUAGAAGAGGUAUUGGUUGUUCAGAUGAAGUCUUUGAAACAAGUCUGAUGGACGUGUAUAUGAAGUGUGGGCCACCAAAUAUGGCGGCCGCAGUUUUUGGCAGAAUGGGCACAAGGACUGUGGGUUCCUGGAAUGCUUUGAUUUCUCGUCAUCUUCAGUUGGGGCCGCCCCUAGAGGCAUUGCAUCUUUUCUUUCAAAUGGUCCAAGGAAAUUAUGAGCUUGAUUUGGUUACUUUAGCAAAUGGGCUUUUGAGUUAUGCUGACUUGGAGAAUUUGCUCGUAGGUAAGAUCAUCCAUGCUUAUAUUGUGCGAACUGGUGCUCAACUUGAUAUUGUUGCUACCACAGCUCUGAUUGAUAUGUAUUUGAAAUGCAACCAUUUAAUCCAGGCCAGGGAAGUCUUCAAUAGAAUUGAGGAAAGGAUGUUAUCUUAUUUAAUGUGCUGA